CGCAUGGCUGCUGUAUUCUAGGGGAGCAUGACAGUAGCAAGUAGCCGGCCGUGUAUUGCGAGACGAAAGAGGAACACGUGCCAACAGACGGACGGGUACGCGCAAACAUGGUUUGAUAUCCUCCCUCUGACCCCCAAGCCCCCAGCCGUUAGUGUUCUAUAUCUGCAUGCGCGUUCCCGACGAAACUAGAGUGGGGGAACAGAGGCCGCAUCGAACUCUAUUUGAGAUCGAUAUCCCUUUCACCCAGAGUCUAACCACCCCAGAAUGACACGGUAGUGUGGGUAGUGGAAACAGCGAUAAAUACCUACCUAUCCUAGACAGUAAAAGCGAAGGCCAAAGCUACCAAAGUGAAAGCGAAGGAGAAAAGGGGGCGCGAGUAUGGCGACAACAACAACGUCAUUCCGCAAGACGACGCUCUCGCACGCGCAGAAGACGGUCCUAGCGAUGUCGCGCGCCCAGUACCUCGACGCCAUCCGUGCCUCGCGGCCCGCUGACAAGCUGUACGUCGGCGUGUGCAUCUUCCGCAUGGACACGCACAGCUCCCGGCCCUCGGUCCUGCUGCUCCGCCGCUCGCGCACUACUGCCUCCGGUUCCGAGUCUUCUUCUUCUUCUUCUGCAGCUACUUCCGCUACAACCGUUACGACUGCUGCGUCGCCGGUAUUCCGUCGGGAGACCCGGCGGAAUCGACAGCUUGGGGACAACAGAGAACGCGGAAUAAGGGGUGGGGCUGGGAAUGGGAGCGGGAAUAGGAAUGCCAAUGGGAAUGGAAUUGGGAGUGGGGUGUGGGAACUCCCGGGCGGCAAAGUAAGAGACUCCGACUUCUGCAUCUCAGCGGCGGUGGCGCGGCGCGUGGUAGAACAGACGGGUUUACGCGUGGUGCGCGUGCUAGGCGCCCUCCAGGACGUCCGGCACGUCAGCGAGGUGCGGAUCUUAGACUGGGACGACGACGGGAUGGGGAUCUUCACCAGCGAGCGCAGGGGUAGCGUCGACGGCGAGAGCAACGAUAGCAGUACUGACCUCUCCAUGUCCAUCCUCGACGGCGCCACGCUUACCUCUGGCACGGGCACGGACUCCCCCAGCGGGAGCAGUAACGGUGGCUUCGGAGGGCGGAGUCUACGCCGCAGCGCGUCGAGACGCGAGCCUAUCCAUAACCCGCAGCUGGUGCUGCGCAGGGACUGUCUGCAGCUGAAUUACGCGGUGCUGGUGCAGAGCCAUGAGGAUUUGGGGAUUCGGUCUAGGGACCAUGAUGAGUUGGUCUGGGCGAGCUUUAGUAGGGCGGAGGCGCUGCCUAUGCAUGAGGAGCUGAGGACGGUGGUGCAUCAGGGGUUGGCGUUUGCGGGGGAGUAUUUGUUCUGAUUUUUAGUGGUUGAUAAGGGGGGAAAGGGUGAAGGGUGAAUAAGGGGUCUGUUUCUUGAAAGUGUGAUAUUCAAACUGAUGUGGCAUAACGCCGGUUAUAUAGGAGAGCUGGUCUGAGACUGAGUUACCUGGGAAUAUGCUUGGAAGACUCGGUUGAAAGCAUGAGAUUGGUUGUUAAGUAGACCUCCCUUAUGCCAACCUUUUCGUGUUGAUUCUUAGACUCUAGUUAUAUACCUGGAUAGGUAUGUAUAACGUUGCUCAACAUCUUGAAGCAUAGGGCUGAGAAGACGUCACCGGUGCCUCAUCUAGUGUGGAACCAUCUGUAUUAUUGAGCAUCGCACUAGACCUCACCGGUGCUGUACGCGUAACCGGCUCUAUUAGCGGAUGAUGUCGCAAAGUUCGUUCCCAUCUC